AUGCCGCUGGUGAAGCCGCUCUGCCGCGUUUGCGAGCGUCCGACGGCGGACGGCGCUGUCCAGGCUGUCCAAUUGGACAAGGAAAAGCUGCAGACUUGGCUCCUAAAUGUUUGCGGCCACGAAUUGGCGGAGGAAAUCGAGGAUGAAGAUCUGAUUUGCAAUUUCUGCAUCUGGCACGCCGAGUUUUUGACUAGAUUUGACUCCGAGCUCGAAGCUUUGGUUUGGUGGCCUCUAGAUCUGAUCUAUUUGGACGACGUGGCGAAAGAGCUGAGGAGGAAAUAUCGAGAAGGAAAAGCAGAGCAGUGCUGGGUGCAGCUGGAGAAGAUUGAGCUGCCGAAAAGCGAGACGGAAGAAAAUGCAGAGCACGAGGCAAAUCCUGACGGUCGAAAGAUCAAGAAUAAAUGUUUCUACUGUGGAAAAGUUGUCUCCAGAAUUGGGAAACACAUGAGAAAAAUGCACGAAAAUGCCAUCAGGUGUGAUAAUCGUAAAUGUGUCACCUAUUUCCACACAUUCGAGGAAAAGGACAAACACACCAAGGAAGUGCAUGGAAAGAAAUUGAUCAAGUGCAGUUUCUGCGAGAAAGAGUUUCGGUGGUCCAAUGUCAUGAGAAGGCAUAUUCGUCAUGUUCACGCCGAGUUUUGUGUCGGAUGCAAAUUCAUUGGCUGCAUCUGUUAUUUCAAAUCAGAACCUGAAAUGAUUGUCCACUUUGAUGCUGUUCACAAGGAAGAAGACAAAGCAAAAGUCAUCAAUUGCCACCAUUGCCAAGCCUUCUAUAAGUGGAUAUUCAGGCCAAAAGAGGAAGAGGAAACCGAAUACCGAUUCAGAGGACGCGAAGAAAAACUCAAGAGCCAAGAAGAGGAAAGCAAAUGA